UGGUACGCGCGCGUACGCGGCGCGCCGCCGCUGUCCAACGGUCCACCUGCGCGGUCAGUUUCACUACCCCACUCAGUGUAGACGGUUGUGUUGUGCUGUGCUGUGAACGUACGCUAAUACGAGUGUUCGAUAUUCGAAUUUAUUGUGUUGUGUUGUGAGGAUCCAUGUUUUUAAGAAAUGCCAGCGACAGUGAGUGACGCGCCGUGCGACCGAUGAGCCUGCGCCUGCGCACCGUCGCGGUCACUAUGUGAAGACAAAAUGCUGUUGUCACUCUGUAAAUCAUGCCAGUACUGCCUGGAGACCAUGUACUGGACAUGCUGCGAGGAGAAAUUCUGUUUCGAUAAGAAGAUAGCAACUUACAAAUUAGACGAGGAUGCUGUGUACACGAACGGAUAUGCGAACAUGGGCGCGAGCGUGGACAGCGUGGCGGCAGUCACCGCGCAACCAGUCAACAAUAACCAUCUGCCGCCGCGCGAAAUCGGUCGUGAGACCAAUGAGAUGCCGCUGCAUGCCGACAAGCUAUACGAGGUGUUCUCGAGAUCGCUGAUAUUCAGAGACGAACACGAACUAAAGUCGAAAGGUAGCAAAGAUUCUCUAGACGAGUUGGAAACAAAGUCCGAACCUGACUACUUAUCAGACAAACCAAAUAGGACCAAAGUUUACUUCGAAGACGAAGUGAACUCACCAGUCACUGACUUUGAAAUCAUGUUUAAAGAUGAAUUACUGGCUAACCACGACAUGUUCAAGAUUGACGAAGAAGAAGAAAGUGACAGACGAAGCCAGGACACCGAGGAAGGACUUACAAUGAACGUAUCUGUUAUGAAACAAGAUGUCAUAAAACCAAGCACUGUUACAAUCAAAGAUGAAUCUAAGAUAACAACGCCCAGCCCUAUUUACAAGUAUGACCCAGUGUCGGCGAUGGCGUUGCCUUCAACCCUCACUCUGCCAAGAGUGGAGAGCGUUAAAGGAAUCUUAAGACAGAAAGGGAAUAUACCGCGAAGCAACAGCGCAAGGACUUUAGAAAGAGUUGACAGUGGCAGCAAGUUGAAGCAGAUUGGUAGAGUAGAGAGUUUGAAGAGCAUCGAUCCUACGAAAAUCAAUAAAGUAUUAGCAAGAGUGCCGCAUAGGAGUGCGUCAUUCCUAAACAUUCCAGAACAUUUGCUGCCAGAGAAACCGCCACUUGUAAAGAGCAAAUCGAUGGUAGGUGUCAUGUCGAUGAAUGACGAAUUGAAACUAAGUCAACUACCAGACACGCCGAUAAUAAAAAGCAGUAACUUGCCUAAAUUUUUCACUGAUAGUCCUACAAUAAAAGAAUAUAAAGGCGAAACGAGCCUUCAAAGUAUUAAAGAGAAAACCGCUAUGAUGUUCCAAGAGAACGAUUUUAGUAUGCCCAGGUAUUACGGUGCUACGAAAUCUGAACAGCAGGUUCAUGAGAGCAAGUCCAUGCCUGAUUUGAGGAAUCCGACCUCAACAGGUAAAGUGAGCAAACGACUUGUUAAACUUCGGGGAAGGUUGAAGCCGUUGGUUAUAAGGAAGAGUUCCGACGAGAGAUUAUAGUGACAAGGUUUAAUCAAAGAAAUCUUGUGAUAGAAAUUAUGACGCAAUCAGAAUAAUUAUUUGAAAUUCCAAUUGAGUGGUAUUUGUGUAGUAGUUUUAAGUGAUUCUUAUGGCAAUAAGCGAUUUCCAGUUGACGAAGAAACCAAGUGAAUUAUCUAAAAUGUGUUUUUUCAUGAAAUUAGCUAUAUUGUUUUGUGAAUAAAUGUUGACAGUAUUAUGUUUGCAAUAAGGACUUCAAUUCAUCAAACUUGAAGAUUUAUUUAUGACCACUGAAUUAUGAUAAAAAUAUGCAUAGCAGUAUUUAUUGCUCAAAGAAUAUAAUUUUUAGUUUGAGUAAACAUUAAAAUAAGUUAACUAUAAAAUAUGUUUAAUUUUGCCGCAAUCGUGUCUUGUGAAAAUGAACCCAUCUUUGAAGAUACAACACAUUAUAUUUUAGUUAAUAUUAAUAAAUGGUGCUAAAAGUGUACUUAUAGACGAAUAGGUGUUAUAUUUCUUUGUAUACCGAUUUUCUAGUCAUGUGACAUCACUUAAAUAAACCAGAACAAAAAACAUGUAAAAUAAUAAAAAUACACCAUACGUUUGUUAAGAUUUGAAUGUGAUUUAAUAUAAUUUAUUGUUGAAAUAUAA